AUGCAGUGGCCCUCCCUGCCGUUCUAUCCGUACCCGCCUUCCAAGGACGGGUACUGGAGUCCUGUUACAUCGACCCUGAACUGGUGCGAAGAGGACUACUAUGCGACCAUCUACGCCGCCGAGAUCAUCAAUACCUUGACCAACUUGUUGUUUAUGUGGCUCGGCGUCAAGGGAAUUUUGAGCUGUCGCAGGCAUAAGCAUGACCAGAUUUUCCUUAUCGCCUACUGCGGUUAUCUUGUCGUUGGCACCGGGAGCUUCCUGUUCCAUUCGACCCUCAAAUAUCCCAUGCAGCUUGUCGAUGAGCUCUCUAUGAUUUACACCACAUGUUUCAUGGCCUAUGCGUCCUUUUCCUACUCGAGGCCAACAGGCGUCCGUCUUGCUCUGGCAAUCUCUCUGACCUCGCUCGCCGUUUUCAUCACCCUUUACUACCAUUACCUGCAAGAUCCCGUGUUCCACCAGAAUGCGUAUGCGAUUUUGACCGCCGUUGUGAUCUUGCGGAGUAUGUAUACCAUGGAAAAGACGCUCCGUCCGAAAUGGCGGGGUACCCGCGAGGAGGAUCGCCUUACACGCGAAAAGCGGGGCUUUCCCGUUCUUACUAGGGAGCAGCAGCACUACGAGAACGUUCGUGAUAUGAAGAUUCUCAAGACUAUGUGGUAUAUGGUCGGCUACGGAUUGAGCAUGUUCCUUGGUGGGUUUGCUAUCUGGAACCUGGACAACAUCUUCUGCAGCCAGAUUAGGCAAUGGCGAAAGACAGUGGGUCUCCCCUGGGGAAUUUUCCUCGAGGGUCAUGGCUGGUGGCACAUCAUGACCGGUGUCGGUGCGUACUUAUAUAUUAUUUGGGGAAUUUGGCUGCGCCAUUGCUUGAACGGCCGUCAGGAGGAAUACUACUUAUGGUGGCCUCAUACUUGGAACAUUCCUGAAGUGAUCUGUAUCAAUGACAGCCAGCACGAAAGCGGAUCGGUGAAAAAGUCGAACUAA